AGGUACCAUUCCAGCGGCAUGAAUCACGUCUGAAAUGUAAUAGGGCGGCUUCCGUUUUUAACUUGUGAACGAACAUUCUCUGAGAACACUCUUGCGCCAAGAGUGGAAUUCAUUUCGGCCUCCGCGAUGGGGUUACCAAAUCAGUAUGUUUAUUGGGAAAGAUCGUGUGAGCUCAAAAAGUCCAACUCUUGUUUUCUUACCACCAUCCCAAUUUCUCAUCUACCGGCCACGCUCUUUUUCGUCUAGCCAACACAUUCGUUUUCGUCAGCAUGAAAGCUUUCUUUUUCACCUUUGCACAUGUUUUGCUUUCCGCCUUUUUGUUAUCACCUUUGAUUUUUGCUCAAGUUCAAUUUGGAAUUCGAGAUGUUUCUUUGCCCAUCGAGCCAAUCGAUUAUGCAUCCUUAGCAAAACGCGCUCAACAUACUUAUCCCUACAAAUGGCCAAGUAUUGAUGGUGAUUUACACCAUAUGCCAGCCGAAAAGUAUUUCAGAACAGCUUAUUGGACUUUCAAUGCAACUUUUUUACAUACUUUACGUAGUCUCGCAAAAACGGAUCCGGAAAAAGCAAAAGAUUUAUUGUACAAAGCAUCUGUUCAUUACAACAAGAUCUUACAACGUGAAUGCUGGAAAGUAAGUAAUUCUUCUGCAAAAGCACAUUUUCGUAACAACACUCUUGCACGGGUAGCAAGUUUCCCAGAUGAUGAUCCAAAGCACAACAUUGAUCCAGUGUACAAUUUAGUGGCAAUCGUUAGGGUCACUUGCUUCGAAAGAUUAAAAGGUGGAGAUGUCAACGUUCCAGUCAAGAGGCAUACCAAACGUGUAGUCGAAUCAUUAAGAUGGGACAAGGAAUCUGCUUUACGAAGAGUCAAUAAGAUGCACAAACAAUUUGAACCAAAGAAUAAAGCAGCAGCACCUGAGAGUAAUGUAACACCAAAGAACACGGCAACACCACAGAACAAGGUAGCGCCAAAGAACAAGGUAGCACCAAAGAAAAAGGUAGCAUCACAGAACAAGGUAGCACCUAAGAAGAAGGCAACAAAAUAGCUCUUACCUCUCUCUAUCUCGGACUCUCGCUUUAUAGUCACCUUUUUGAAAUGCAUUCUUACCACGUCCUGAGAUACGAUCUUGUAGAUGCCAAGAUUAAGUUUGCCG